AUGGAUGUGAAAGGCUUAUUGAGUCGUUUUGAUGGACGUUCUCGCUUGUUGGCCCACUCACUCCUCUCGGGGGUGGCUGGAGCUCGGAGUGCGCUGACAGUGUUAAAUCGACAGCGCUCCUCUGAUCCCGACUUCUCACUGUCUUUUCUCUUGGAGACACUCUGCCAGGAUGAAGCUUGUUUGGACGAUGGCAAACAAACUCUUACUACAAAACCACUGGUGUGCAUGUUUUCUGAGGCAUUCAAACGGAAUCUUCUAUGCUUCCUUCAUCUCAAUGGUCCGGCGCUGCCCCGUGAUUCUGUGCUCCGUUUAAUUCGGUGCUUAAGUCAAGAAGCCAACCAAAAUCCAUGGAUUCGUGCCUUGAUCUAUCAACUCCACAAUGACAUUGGAGAACUCACGAGAGAAACACCGCUCACACCACAGUGCAGAGAACGACUGAAAGGGCUUUGCGACAGAUUUAAAGAUAUUCAAGGAAAGGGAAGAUGGGCCUCUUGCUUUGAUGGCCAAGCAACCACACUGUCCGCUCAUGGUCAGGAGGGGACUUUGGAUGUAGAGUCAAAAAAGAGAAAAAGUCAGACUGUUGAUCUGGAUGUGGAAGGGGAUGCCCAGCAAAGCAAAAGGAUGAGGAUGGAUCAGCUGUCACCCAAGGGUUACGCUGACAGUGACGGAUUGGUUGAGGAUGUUGAGGUUCCUGAAAAGAGUCCGUCUCAACAAGCUGACAAUGGCCCAACAGUAGAAUCAUCCACAGCAUUUCAGUCAUCAACUGAAGACUCCUUAAAAGAAUUACCUAACCACGUAAAGGCUGUUGUCCCACUAAUUAAAGAACUAUUGGAGUCUGAAAUGGAGUGGGAUGAGAGUGCAGGAUCCGUCCUCAGGGUUUUGAAUGAAUGCGAUUCUGCCCAGGCUGAAGUGUUAUGUGGAAUGUUAGGUUUGUCUGAAGCACCUGAACGCACCUUGCCUCAGUUCUGUAGCUGCUUAUUGGCCCUGACCCCAGACCUUAGCCACAGCACAGCUGCUGUCAUCAUCAAGAACCUCCUACUUGACAAGGUUCUCUCUCUCACUGAGCCCGCCUCCCGGUGUUUGGUCACUGCAGCUACAUCACUCUGCAGCCGUUACCCACGGCCAGCCUGUCAGACUCUAAUAGAACCCAUCAUUCAAGGGGGACAUACAGGUACUGCUCAAGCUGAGCUGUUGUGCAGACUUAUUGAGGACUGCUUUGAACCCCAUCACAGACUACUUGUGUUCCAGAUGAUACUGAUUGGCUCCUGGAAUGAGGGUGUGUUGUCAAUUAUCCAUGCUUUGCUAGACUCAAAGCUUGAGCUGAGUGAGGAAAUAUUCUCUCUCUUCAUUGACCAACUAAGCAGCCAGUCUUCACACUUCACCAAGUCUAUGAAGUUUGCAAAAAUGACACUGACUAUUCUUACGAAAUACCAGUCUAAUGUGAAUGCUACAAGCAAGCACACUCUGUCCUGCUGUCUAUCUUCCAACGAGACAUUCUUGAAGAAGUCUCUACAGGCUGCUCUGAACCGGAUUUGCCAUUUAUAA